AUGGUGACCAACUCGAAAUGUGAGGAUACAUUGAAUUACUUUUUCGAACAAACUAAAGAUUACUUGAAGAACGGAAAGGGCUUUGUGGUUGAUUCUGAGAUUCAAAUAAUGAAGGCUAUUAAAAAGAACCUCCCCAACAAAAAAUUCCGCUUUUGUCCCAUUUCAAUUAAUCAAGUUCUUUGUCAAGCUUGGAUACGUAAUGGAAACAUCGCUGUCUUAUCUCAAGUUUCAUUCCUUUAUCAUUUUUUUAAUCUUGUUUCUAUUAGUAAUAAAAGGGAAUUUAACCAGGAAUGGCAGCGUCUUAUGAUGCAUUUUGACAGAGAACCAAUUUGGAAAAGAUAUCUUGGUGGCUGGUACCAAUCGAAGGAACAUUGGCAACAUUCAUAUUCGCAAUUACCAAUGGAAGACAAUCAGUUUGUAAAUCUGUAUCAUCUUAAUCUAAGGGACAGCUACAUUGGUAACUUUGAAUGGAAACAUUUUACAAACCUUCUUCAAGCACUAGGUGAUUCAAUGUACUAUAUCCAAUCCAUUUCAAUGAAAGUUAAAGCAAAUGAAUCUCCUAGACUUUUGUCCAGCAUUGAAGACAUUCUAUUGCAAGAAUUAAGAAAGCUCAACCAAUUACAGACGAUUCUUCUAUCCGAAUCCAAUGGUAGUAAUGUCAUUCUUUUGAAGACAGAUUCUUAUACCUUUGAACAUAUUUUGAGGCAUAUUAUCAAUAAUGAACAUGUGGAUGAAGAUGAUCUCAUGCUAGAACCAGGUACAGAUAGUUAUUUUUUUCCAUAUGAGUACAAUCCAGAUAUUAUGAAAGUCGAGGCUGCUCCCGAAGAACUCCCCAUUCUCCCAUUGCAGACUGAUAUUCAAGAAGAAGAUCCUGCAAGUGGUUUUACGCAAAUAAUUCGAGGAGAUUUUGAAGAGAAGUAG